CCGGGUUUUCCAGAAGCGCGGGGCGGGGAACUCCUGGCCGGCGGGGCGCUGCGCUGCCGCGGGAUUCGCGAGCUUGGCCCGGCGGCGGAGGGACGUGCCCGAGUCCUGGCCCGCGGGCGCCGCAGCCCGCCCGCCAUGGACCCCAUCGCCGGCGUGUACGAGUCCACCACCGAGCCAAAGGGAAAAGCCGGCGAGGGCCGCUGCUGCGGGUGCAAAUUCGGGCGGCUGGGCUGGCAGCGCCUGCUGCUGAAAGCGGCGCAAGCGCUGCUUUCCUUCUUGGCCUUCAUCUUGGAAGAAAUUGUGGAGAGUUGUACCGUGUGUGGUGGACUUUACUUCUUUGAGUUUAUAAGCUUCACUGCCACCUUUCUGAGUGUCAUGAUACUGACUGUGUAUCACACAUCUUUAUAUGAAAAAAUUGAGGAGAAAAGAAUACCGAAAUUAGAUUUCAGAAUCACUACACUGGUGGGAAUUGUCUUUCUCAUAGCUUCUAUUGUGUUUGCUGCAACCAAUGACAAGUCAUCUGUUGAAACUGUUGCAAUUGUGUUUGGAUUUUUGGCUAGUAUAGUAUUUCUAGCUGAUGGUAUUCAGAUGUUUAUGGAGACACGUAAACGGAAGGAAAGUAAAUCGAAGAACGUUGGCAACACAGAGAAUGGAGUAGAAAACCAGCCGCUGAAAAAUCAAACCUAGACUUUAAAAAGUUCAUUAAUUACUAGGAGUUAAAUUAAUCAAGAGGAAAUAUUUUUAUUUCUCCACUUAUUUCACUGCAUAGAAGGUAACUU